GGAUCCACUGUGUUUGAGCUCUUCUGAGCAAGGUGUAAUUGUCAGCCUCAGCCCUCGAAGGGACAUGACACGUUCUCAGUGGUGACUAGCUUUCUGCUGUAAUGCUACUCAGAUGUAGGGUGGGCGUGAGGCUCGGCACGUCCUUCUGACCUUGUCACCAACCCCAGGAAUCUACCGUACUUCUUUACUAGCUCAGGACCUUGUAUGUGGUAGAUGCUUAAGAAGCAUUUGCUAAAGGACUGAUUUGAAAACUGAUUCAUAAUGACACAGUGCAUUCCAAAGAACACAGGAAAACUUGGCUCUCUGUGGGGAGUUGGAUGUGUAAAUGACGAGAGCGCAUGGACUGUAAAUUGCAAAAGGGUGCUCAGAGAACAGAGUCACUGGUGUGGCCGGGACAAGAAGGUUUCCCAGAGGACGGAGGUGAAGAUGGACUCUCUGAGAGCUUCCAGCUUCUGCAAAUGGAUGUGGGGUACGAGCACCAAGAGGAAGAGGCCUGCCCUGCAAACAGUGCGACAUGGUGCUCGAAAAAUGUGCAGAGAAAACAGAGACACUGGGAAAGGAUAGUCUCCUCGAAGAAGAGCAAAAGGAAACAGGAAAAAGAAAGAAGAAAAGUCAAACGUGCAGAACACCCAGGCACCUGCCCCCAGCACAGCAAACGCUUUUUGAAAGCCUUAACCAAAGACAGACUUUUGGAAGCCAAACACUCAGGACCAAGACUGUGUGUUGACUUGAGCAUGACCCACCACAUGUCAAAGAAGGAAUUGAGCAGGCUGGCGGGACAGAUUCGAAGGUUGUAUGGUUCAAACAAAAAAGCCAGCAGGCCCUUUUGGAUCUACCUCACUGGAUUCUCAACUGACAGUCCCCUCUAUGAAGAGUGUUUGAGGAUGAAUGAUGGAUUUUCUGCAUACUUGCUAGAUGUAACAGAAGAAGACUGCUUUAGUUUAUUUCCUCUGGAGACCCUUGUGUACCUGACUCCCGACUCAGAACAGGCCCUUGAAGACAUUGAUCAAAACACAGUUUAUAUCAUUGGUGGACUUGUAGAUGAAAGCAUUCAGAAGAAGGUGACAUUUCAAAAAGCUCGAGACUGCGCUGUGAAGACAGCCCGCUUGCCGAUCCAGGAGUACAUGGUCAGGCGUCAGAAUGAGAAAAACUACCAUUCAGAAGUGCUGGCCAUCAACCAAGUGUUUGAUAUCCUGUCCACUUACUUUGAGACUCACAGCUGGCCUGAAGCAUUGAAGAAAGGAGUUUCUCCAGGAAAAGGCUACAUUCUUCGGAAUGCAAUGGAAUGAUGGGCAGUCCAAGAUUCCAGCUGUAGUGCGUAAAGGACCAAAGGUGUCUUGACAAAGGACAGGGCCAAGGGUGGCAGUGGCACUUGCCCUUACAUGCUACUGUGGAUCUUUGAAUGCCUUUAAUGGCAAGGACAUUUUAGGCUUUGUGUCACCUACAAUGCCUGGCUCUCUGGAAAUACCCUGAUAAAACAGAAUAUUGUUUUAAAAAAAAAGUUUAUGUAUUAAGGAAUUGUCAAGUACAUGGCAUUUUGGAUCUAGUCCAUAUUUUGUACAUUUAUCUACUUAUGAAAGUCUACUUUUAGAGCUGUUUGUCAAAUUCUCACAGAACUUCAUAAAUUCCUUUCCUCUCACCUGUGAAUGUGCCGAUUUUUCACCAGCUCAGGCAGAUGCUGCAUAUAAGCUUUGCUGUCUUAGCCUAACCUGGCCUGGCCUACUUUAAGCCUUUAGAGUACAUGGUUCUUUCCUGUGGCUCUCUCUUCCUCUCGUUCUGAUUAUGGUCAUGGAGGGUUCCUCUCUUCUAGUCUAUAUAUAAAGUUUUGUGUAUCCUUCUGAACCUCAUACAAACCAAGUGCUUUGUACACAUAUGUACCCAGAUCUAAUCAAAAAGGAAGUUAUUAUUGAUAAAUCCAGCAUAAAGCAGCAGGAAAGAAUGCUGCAUUCAGACACACAAGCACACUAGUCUACCAUCUGUUACAGACAGAAGUCUUCUCAUGUUCAGAGAUAGCUGUUACUUCUCCUAUUUGGGGUUAACUUGAAGGGUAAGCUGCUAGCAAAUUCAGAUGUUUUCUGUAUCUCAAAAGAACCAAAGGUUACCUCUCAGCCUACUUCCUUCUCCUUUCCCAUUGAAUCCCUUGGGGACUAUCCCUUGAUAAAUUCUAUGUUCUUAUUAAAAAAUAGGCUAGGCCUCAGAAAACCCCUUAAGGAUUUCAGCAUACUGGAUGGUUCUCAUACUGGAUGGGACUUGGCCACGUAGGCUUCAGGGGUGCAUAACUUUCAGAGACCUGUAAACCCAGAACCACUGAACUUUUAUCACUUGACAGUGUACAUUUGUAUCUCUCGAGGCUUUAACAUAACAUAAAUAGCAUGGAAUUUCCUCUCCGAGUCAAGUCCAAACCCCUCCUCUUUAUCCAAAACCUGAGCACGUAGUUCUGUUUACGAUUAUGGGAAAUGAUGUUAGCUUAAUAACAUUUGGCCAGACUAGGAUCAGAAAUCCUCAUCAUACUGUUAAGAAAAAAAAAAAAAAAAAAACUAAAAACGUAA